GUCCAAGUAAAGAGAGAGAGCCCUUUGGGUUGGGGAGGGUUUAUUUAUCCGCGUAGUAGAGCCGGUGAGGCCGUCAGUACUGCCAAAGUGGAGGACCACCUCACACCACACGAACGCAGUCGUCCAUCCGCCAGCACCAGUUGAUUCAGCGAACUAUUUUUCAUCCAUCACCCAAAAACACCAUUUAGCUAAAAACAUUUUAUUUCAACAAUCAACGUCGUGUUUGCCGCAUCGCAGUUUCUUCACAUUUUGUUGGCAAAUUUCCCAAUUUUUUGGGGGGUUUUGUUGGGUUUGCGCUUGCGCCGAGUGACGGGAGUGAACGACCAGCUCACCAACCGGGAGAGUUGUUUGUUUUGUUUUGUGGGGCAGCACGAAGAAAGAAAAAAGAAAAAAAACAAGAAAAGAAUUUUCCUUUUUGUAAAUUCUUCUCGUUGUAACUUCCGCGCCGUCAAUGCGGAAGAACCAGAACAUCACGGCCAAGUUUUGAAAGAAGAAGAAGAAAACAAAUUCAAAACGGGACGAGUUUUUUGACGAGACUUUCACCCACGCAGGGACACAGACGAAUCGUCCUCAAUUUUUCCAUCACUCGACUUAUCGUUUUGACUGGACACUUAUCAUUUGCAAGAAAAGAGAAACUUCAUAGUUUCUUCUUUCUUUUCAAAUUCAACCGGAAAAUCAAAUCAUCAACCCGACCGCAAGUUCAAUGGGAAUUCUUCAAGGCGAUUCACCUACACCGGGGCCUGCUAUGUACUGGCAACCAUAUCACAACGAGGAGACGGCCAUGAGGGUACGCCCGUCGGCUGUGACGGGAGCCUCGCUGGGAGACGACUUGUCCGUCCACAACAACAACAACAACAACAACAACAACGAGUUGACCGACACUAAAAUGAUCCAGCAUCAUCAAUCAACCCUUGGCAACACCAUGCUGGAACCCAAUUUCUACCACCACCACCACCUCCAACAGCAGCAGCAGCAGCCACGCCAUCAGGCCGUCCAGCACUUGGUGAAAGAAGAGCGGGAAGAAGUGGCCAACGACGAGGACUCAUCGGCCUCAAUCUGCCCAUCCAAGAGACUAGCGACAGUUCAAGAGCUUCCUCAUGAAACCGGGUCUGCAACUGUUGAGCAACAGCCAAGUGGAGUAACGGCCAGCAACAACAACAACAGCACCAACAACAACAACAACACAACAGCAGCGGUCAUUUGCGCCGGCUGCGGGUUCAAGAUCGUCGAUCGCUACUACCUGGUAGCCGUUGACAAAGCCUGGCACAGCGAGUGUCUCAGGUGCGACGAGUGCCGACGGCCACUCGACACGGCCUUGUCCUGUUUCGCCCGCCAGUCGCGCAUCUACUGCCGCGAAGACUACAACAGGUUGUUUGGCGGUCGCAAACAAUGCGCCAAAUGCUGCGAAACGCUCCAGCCGGACGAGCUGGUGAUGCGCGGACGUGAGCAUUUGUUCCACACUCGCUGCUUCAGCUGUCACGUCUGUCAGACUCACUUGAUCAAAGGCUCCACUUUCGGAAUGGUUGGCGCUCUCAUCUUUUGCCAGCAGCAUUACCAGCCAGGAUCGUCGGCUCCGUCCGGAUUCAACGGCCAGCCGUUCGCCGCAACGUCACAGCAGCCACCGGUUGAGACUUACAUGGGCCAUCAUCAAGAGCCUUUCGGCAGUCCUCAUCCGUUCGAGCAUCACGCCCUCCACCAGCAACAGCAUUACCACGGCCAAAUGGUCCACUCGACGAGCCUGGUCGAUGUUCCCAUGAUGGAAUCCAACAAACUCUACCACCACCAAAGCUCUCCGGCUUCCGGCUCUCCGGCCUCAUCGCUCAAGAACCAGCGGGUGCGCACCAAGCGGCGGAUGCCGAGCAUCAAGUCGUCGGCCGACAUGCAGGUCAGCCUGAUGAACGAGCGGGAGGACGAUUCGUACAUGAGCGUCGACGGCGGCGGGAUGAUGGACACGUCGUCGUCGUCGCCGUGUUCCUCCAUGCUGAUGGGCUCGAUGGGAGGCGCCAACGGCGUCCACGGCAACCAGCAGCAACAGCAGGUCUCGUCCCAGCAGCAGCAGAAGACCAAGCGAUUGCGGACGUCUUUCAAGCACCACCAAUUGCGCAUGCUCAAGUCCUACUUCGCCACCAAUCACAACCCGGAUGCCAAAGACUUGAAGCAGCUCUCGCAAAAGACCACCCUCUCCAAGCGCGUCCUCCAGGUUUGGUUCCAGAACGCCCGCGCCAAAUGGCGUCGUCUCGUGCAGAAAACGGAAGGCGGCGCCGGGGUCAACAGCAGCGGCGUCAGCGGAGGCAACGGCGGACACAACAUGAGCAGCAGCAGCAGCAGCAGCGGUGGCAGCAACUGUAGCGGCAGCGGCAACGAAACCGGUUCGCCCGUUCCGUCCUCUUCCGCCUCGCCGUCUCACGUCCGUCAACUCAACGGCCAGCAUCAUCAACAGCCAGCGGCUUCGAUGAUGAUGAUGACCUCCUUCAUGGAGCACCAGCAGCACCAGCACCAGCACCAGCAGCAACACCCCAAAAUGCAUCAACAACAUCAACAACAGCACCACAUGAUGACAACGUCGAGCCGAAUGAGCCUCUACGACGAGAUCUCGCUCAGUGGCAGCUCAAGUGUCGCCUCGGUCGGUUUCCCUUCACCACUUUGAAAUUUUGAAUGAAUGUCUCCUGUUUUUCUCUUUUUCCUUUAAUAAAAUGAAAAAAAAAGCCCGAUCACCUUUUGACACGAUCAAAAAAUGACUACAACAACCCGAAAAUAUAAAUAUUGAUAUAAUAUUAUUAUUAAAAGAAAGAAAGA